CCUUUUCUUGCACAUUACCCUGUCCCUAUCCUCUGUUUCUUCUUCCCAUUUUCCCUUUGUUAUUUUUCUUAUCUAUUUUGUUUUGUUUCUAUCCUCAUCAAGAUUUAUAGUCUCACAUCGUUGCUUCAUCAAACACAAUAUAUACCUUGAUUUCAGUUUGUCGUAUGAUUUUCUUUCUCUAUCGCUGAUUCUAUCUAAUGGGUAAUUGCUUUGGUUCAUCUGCAAAAGUAGAUAGCAGAGAAAGUCCAUAUUGUGGAUCCUCAAGAAUCUAUGCCAAACCGAGCCAAUCGUCUCGCCUCUCAAGCCUAACCAUACCACCGCCAUCUUACAGCGAUGACAGGAGUUCCACCUCUCUUCCCACUCCAAGAAGUGAAGGAGUGCUCUUAGCAUCUCCCACGCUAAAGGCCUUUACGUUUAACGAUCUAAAGACAGCCACUAGGAACUUCAGACCUGAUAGUGUUAUCGGUGAAGGCGGUUUUGGUUAUGUUUACAAAGGAUGGAUUAACGAGCGGACGUUAACGCCUUCAAAACCAGGAUCAGGCAUCGUUGUUGCUGUCAAAAAGCUUAAAGACGAUACGCCUCAAGGACACAAGGAGUGGUUGGCUGAGGUUGACUAUCUGGGGAGGCUUCACCAUAUGAAUCUUGUGAAAUUAAUUGGAUACUGCUUGAAGGGUGAUUACAUUAGGCUUUUGGUAUACGAGUACAUGCCCAAAGGAAGCUUAGAAAGUCAUCUAUUUAGACGUGGGGCAGAGCCGAUUCCGUGGAAAACAAGGAUGAAAGUGGCAAUUAGUGCCGCGAGAGGGCUUGCUUUCCUUCACGAUGCACAAGUCAUAUAUCGAGACUUCAAGGCCUCCAAUAUUCUACUAGAUUCGGACUUCAAUGCAAAGCUUUCUGAUUUUGGUUUGGCGAGAGAAGGACCAAAAGGAGACAGAACACACGUAUCAACCCAAGUGAUGGGAACUCAUGGGUAUGCAGCACCUGAAUAUGUCUCCACGGGUCGAAUAACCACAAAAAGCGACGUCUACAGCUUCGGUGUGGUCUUGCUCGAGUUACUCUCAGGACGUCCAACUGUAGACCAAUCGAAAGUCGGAGUGGAAAGAAAUCUAGUGGAUUGGGCAAUACCUUACUUAGGAGCUGAUAGAAGGAAAGUGUUUAGGAUAAUGGACACAAAACUUGAAGGACAGUAUCCUCACAAAGGGGCUUGUUUGGCUGCUAAUAUUGCGUUGCAGUGUCUCAAUCAAGAGGCUAAGUUGAGGCCAAAUAUGUCGGAUGUAUUAUCUACUCUUGAAGAGCUUCAGAUGAAGAGUUCUACAUCAAAGACGGAGAAACGGAGAGUUAAAGCUCCGGGUGCUUCUCCGGUGGUGACUCGUCGGAGAGGUCCACAUGACAGGUGAGGCAGCAGCCGAAGAUAAUUUAGGUCUU